AUGGGUUUUUUCUUUGUUCUUACAGAUGAAGCUCGCCGUGCCAAAUCUGGCAUCCUUGUUCACUGUCUGGCUGGUGUAAGCCGCUCUGUGACUGUAACUGUAGCAUACCUCAUGCAAAAGCUCUGCCUCUCUCUCAACGAUGCAUACGAUUUUGUCAAGAAACGCAAGUCCAACAUCUCCCCCAACUUCAACUUUAUGGGUCAGCUAAAAGAGUUUGAACAGAAGCUCACAACGAGUCCAUGUCGGACUGGUUCAUGUCGGUGUGCAGUUGAUGGCUGCCACUGCCUCAGCCCAGACCCCACCUCAUGGAUGUCAACAUCCUCAUCGGCAUCCUCGUCCACCUCAUCAACCUCAUCGUUGUCCAGUGAACUUACAACUCCGGCCAGUAGUGUCAGCACCAGCACAUGUUCAGCAGACAGUAGGAGAGGGGAAUUUGAUUUUCAUUUAGAUACCUGA